AUGGCUUACCAAAGUCCUCCAGAAACACCAUCCUCCUCCGGCGCCCACACGCCAACACACCCCUCCAUCGCACCGUCGCUAUCGAGCUCCGUCAUCACAAACAUGUGGUCUGGUCUAAUACGCCGCUUCUCCUCCGACGUCCCCGAGUCCUACGGCCACAACGAGCACCCCCAAGAGCCUUCACAUCUCGCUCACGCGUAUACCGAACCUGUCAGCGGUGGGGGCUUUCACGAUGGCAUUAACGGCGUCUUCUUCCCCACCCAACAACCCAUGCGAACCGCGAGCCCAUUCCGUCCGCCCCCUCUUGAUCCCAUCAUUCUGCACGGCUUCAAGGAGAGCACCUCGCCGAGUGCCCGGCUGUUGAGCCAUGGCGUGGCUGAGGAAAUUCGAAUUAUGCUUCCAGAGAGGCUCAGGAUCAAGGAAGACUGGAGGUUGAUAUACAGCUUGGAGCAGGAUGGCGCCAGCCUGGCAACACUAUACCAAAAGGCAGCCGAGUUCCAGGGACGGCGAGUUGGGUUCGUACUAGUCGUAAGGGACGAUUUGGGUGGCACUUUUGGCGCCUACCUCUCCGAAUACCCUCACCCCGCGUCCAAAUACUUCGGCAACGGCGAAUGCUUCCUCUGGCGCGCCUCCACACUCACCCCCCUCCCACCCCCACCAUCUGCUGACACGACGAACCUGACGCGCAUCACCACGGUGGCCAGCCCGACGCGCUCGUCCUUUCCGAAUAACAACAGCGACCGCAACGCGCCGUCUCCAGCGCCGAGCGAGUCGAUCCGCUUCAAGGCUUUCCCAUACUCGGGCAUCAACGACUACUACAUCAACUGCGAGACGGGCUUCCUAAGCGUCGGCGGCGGCGACGGCCAUUACGGGCUGUGGCUCGACGACAGCCUCGACCGCGGACAUAGCGGACGCAGCCAUACCUUUGGCAACGAGCCUCUGAGCGACGAGGGAGAGAAGUUUGGCGUACUGGGCGUGGAGCUAUGGGUACUUGGCGCCUGA